UUGUCGUGAGUGUGCAGAUUUGAGAGUUGACGAUCCGUUGCUGCUUGGAAAAGGAAUGUUCAUUUAGUAGUGACGGACAAACGAUAAAUAGCAUUAUUUAUUAUCAGCAGUAUAAUUCAAUAGAAACGUUCACGAAAUAAGAAGUAAAGAAACAUGGAUCGACUGUUGAGAUUAGGCGGAUGUAUGCCAGGUGUGAACCAAGGACCUCCAUCUUCAGAUGCCCCGGUUGUUGACACUGCGGAGCAGGUAUAUAUAUCAUCGUUGGCCCUUCUAAAAAUGCUCAAACAUGGACGUGCUGGUGUACCCAUGGAGGUAAUGGGUUUAAUGCUUGGAGAAUUUGUUGAUGACUACACUGUUCGUGUCAUUGAUGUGUUUGCUAUGCCGCAGACAGGAACAGGAGUUAGUGUGGAAGCAGUUGAUCCAGUAUUUCAAGCAAAAAUGUUAGACAUGCUUAAACAAACUGGCAGGCCAGAAAUGGUCGUAGGAUGGUAUCACUCUCAUCCAGGAUUUGGUUGCUGGCUUUCUGGUGUAGACAUUAAUACUCAACAAUCUUUUGAAGCUCUUAGCGAAAGAGCAGUAGCUGUUGUUAUUGAUCCCAUACAGUCUGUGAAAGGAAAAGUUGUUAUCGAUGCUUUUAGAUUAAUUAAUCCAAAUAUGAUGGUUUUGGGACAAGAACCCCGUCAAACUACAUCCAAUCUAGGUCAUCUACAGAAACCAUCCGUGCAAGCCUUAAUUCAUGGAUUAAAUCGACAUUACUACAGCAUUAGCAUCAAUUAUCGUAAGAAUGAACUAGAACAGAAAAUGCUAUUAAAUUUACACAAAAAGACAUGGAUGGAUGGUCUUACACUUGCUGAAUAUUCAGAACAUAGUAGGCUCAAUGAAAAUAUUGUGUCUGAAAUGCUUGAACUCGCCAAAAAUUAUAACAAGGCAUUAGAAGACGAAGAAAAAAUGACACCUGAACAAUUAGCCAUAAAGAAUGUGGGUAAACAAGAUCCAAAGCGACAUUUAGAAGAGAAAGUGGACACACUUAUGGCUACAAACAUUGUUCAGUGUUUGGGGGCUAUGCUUGAUACCGUUGUAUUUAAAUAAUUACUUCUUAAAACACCAUUUGCAAUAUAUUAUUAAAAAUAUAUACAUCUUU